AUGAAUUGGACGCGCCUUCCUGGAUGGCGCUACGCUGUGGCGGCACUUUCUGCCGAUCAACUCCUACAAGACCGACGGAAGUAUGGUUGCCAGGCUGGUGGCAGCACCCGAAGCAGGACAUUUGUCCAAGACGAAAGGGUGCAGUGCCAGACGUACUCACCUUGCAUUGCAAUGACUGGCGACAUCUUCAUCGACAUUGUAGCCCCAGUCAAAAAACUUCCUCUUUGGGAUUCUGAUGUUGAGGCCGAGAGUGUUAAGAUGGUUCCAGGAGGCAGCGCACUAAAUCAAGGCCGUCAUCUUCAUGCCUUGGGAAUGGCUGUUCGCUUCGUUGGAGCAGUUGGGAAAGAUGCCAUGGGCCAGUCCUUGCUUGAGCAAAUCUCAGGGCAGGGCUUCCCGACGGACACGAUCAAGAUGUUCAGCAAUUUACCAUCGUCAGUUUGUAUUGUUCUUUCUGGUCCUGCUGAUCGUGCCUUUGUUUCUUGCUACUCCACUACGGAUGCCUUCACAACGCGGGAUCUUCGAGAGCAAGCUAAGCUAUUGGAAGGAUGCACUCAUUUCCAUCUUGGAGGAUAUUUCAAUAUGAAAGGACUUCAGACUCAUGAAUUUACUGAAUUUGUGCGAAGUUGCCGCCAACGCAAUAUGACAGUGUCGCUGAACACCCAGUGUUGUGCUGCUGGUCAUUGGUGUGGAGAGGACAACCACUUGGCAGAGUUGCUGGAGAAUGUGGAUUUGCUCUUUGUCAACGUUUCUGAAGGAGAACACAUUUGCGCAGCCCUGUGUGCUGACACGGACCAUUCAAUCCAUGCUUUGUGCAAGAGGUAUCCAGAGCUCAUGGUAGUAAUUACUCAAGGCGCUCAUGGCUGCACAGUCUAUCGACAAGGUAUGUCGGCGAUCUAUGUGCCAGCCAAGCAGACCAGAGUCGUUGACGCAACUGGAGCUGGGGAUGCCUUCAUUGCUGGCUUUUUGUCGUCCUUGCUCUCGCAACCCAUUCCAAAGCAUUCCGAUUUGGAACACAAGGCUUUGGUCGAUGCGUGCAUGAAAGGUCAUGCAGUAGCUUCUGUUUGCUUGGGCAGAGAGGGAGCAUGUGUGGAACCAGUUCGACCUCGAGAUCUGGAGUAGUCAAUGAUAGCUGAACGCCCGUUGGACCCGUUGGAAGUGAGAAGGGCCACAGCAAGAAGUACGCCACGUGGAACGUUUGCAAACUUGCGUUGAAGCUCCUCGCUACGAAGUUGGCCCUGGCGUGACCUGUCUCUCAUUGAAGCUACGCUCUUGUCCUCUGGCGUCAGGAGCAGAACCAGAUGAAACCACCUACAGAUCUCCCUUUGUAGAAGUGCCCGCCUGUUGGAAAA